AUGGAUGGACGAAUGAAGUCUCUUUUUUGGGCUGAUGGAAGCAGUAGAUCUGACUAUUUUUGUUUUGGCGAUGUGAUUGCGUUCGACACGACUUACAAGAAGAACAAAUACAACUACCCAUUGGUUAUAUUUUCAGGGUGUAACCACCACUCUCAGACAGUUAUUUUUGGUGCUGCGUUGGUGUCAGAUAAAACGACAGAGACGUAUAAGUGGUUGUUGGAGUGUUUUUUAGAGUGCAUGGAAAAUAGAUACCCAGCAGCAGUUGUAACAGACGGAGAUGGGGCGAUGAGGGAAUCUAUAAAACAGGUGUUUCCGGAUGCGACACAUCGUUUAUGCGCUUGGCAUUUGAACAAGAAUGCGUCUGAGAAUGUAAAGAACUCGGAAUUUUUGAAAGAUUUUCAAAAAGCCAUGUACUCUAAUUUUACAAAGGAUCAAUUUGAAGAGUUUUGGUCAAAAACAAUUAAAGAAAACGGACUUGAAGGAAAUCCUUGGGUUGCAAAAACGUACGAGAACAGGUCACUAUGGGCAACUGCAUAUCUACGUGAGAAGUUUUUUGGACGUAUAAGAACUACGUCUCAAUGUGAAGCCGUCAAUGCAGUCAUCAAGAGUUAUGUCAAGAAGAAAGGCUGCAUUUUUGAAUUCAUGCACAAUUUUGAUCAGGCUAUGAGAUCUUAUAGAAACAAUGAACUGAUUGCCGAUUAUAAAUCAAAGUUUUCAGAACCUGUGAUGACUACUCAACUGCGUGCCCUUGAGAGCCAUGCUGCGAAUGUUUAUACUAUGGAGAUUUUCAAGGAAGUCAGAGAUGAAAUAGUGAAGGCUGGAUCAUUGAUUGUUAAGGAAAAGUUAAUUCGCAACGGAUUUAAGACUUAUCGAUUUACAAAAUAUUGUUGUGAUAACUAUGACGUAGAGGUUGUGUAUGAUGGUGAAACACUUCAAUGUGAGUGUAGGUUAUGGGAUUCUUAUGGGAUUCCAUGUUCUCAUAUGUUUGGUGUCAUGAAGGAAGAACAUGUUAGUCUCAUUCCCACCGGUUUGAUUUUGUCGAGAUGGACGAAGGAUGCAAAAAUUCAGUACUUGAACAUGAAUUGUAAUGGUUCUGAUGAUUCUAAAAUGAUUGAGCUAGCUCGGUUUGGUGCACAUUGUUCUGCAUUUACUGCCUUUUUGCAAUGA